CCGGUCGGUGUAUUUUUAAUGUCAAAGAGGCUCCCAGUUUUUCUAUGUCCAACAGCAGGCCAGGGUUAAGUACGGCUCUUUCCUCCCAUUUCGUCUCGUGUCCGGUUGUUGCUGCGUAAUAUAUCCUCUCCUUUUGUUUCUCAUCAAAAGACUCUGUUUCUGUUCAAUGGAGUGUGGGUUCGCUGUGGUUGGCGAGAAUAUUCUCUCUACUCUCCUUGGGAUAUUAUCGGAGGAACUGGCAGCCCCUAUGUUUCUGGAGUUUGCUCGCAAAGAAAAUGUCCAUACCCAUCUCAAGAAAUGGGAGACCAUUCUUUUCAAGAUUCAGGCAGUCCUGGAAGAUGCAGAGGAAAAGCAAUUCACUGAUCGGUUCAUCAAGAUAUGGCUUCACGAUCUCAAAGACUUGGCCUACGAUAUUGAAGAUGUGCUGGAUGACUUUUCCACUUUAGCUCUGCGUCAAAAGUCCAAGGAACGGAGUCAAACAAUCACCACCAAGAUACGGAAAUAUAUUUCUUCCUUUUUUGAUCAAUUUGCUUUUAAUUAUAAAAUAGCAUCUAAAAUAAAGGAAAUAACUGAAAGAUUGCAAGAUGUUGUUAAACAAAAAGAUGAUCUUGGUUUGAUGGAAGGUAUUGGGGGUAGCCGUUAUAGAAUGCUGCGAAGAAUGCCCUCUACUUCUUUGGUGAAUGAAUCAUUUGUUUUCGGGAGGGACAAAGACAAAGACCUUAUUGUUAAUCAACUUUUUAGGGAGGAAGAAUCAUGUGAUGGUGGGAUUUCUGUGAUUCCUAUAGUUGGAAUGGGAGGGUUGGGCAAAACUACUCUUGCCCAGCUCGUUUAUAAUGAUGCCAGAGUUGAGACCUUCUUUAAAUUGAGAGCUUGGGUUUGUGUUUCUGAGGAAUUUGAUAUUGUUAGGGUGAUGAAGACUUUGUUAGAAUCCUUGACUUCAAGGGCUUCUGAUGUGAAUGACUUGAACGAGCUGCAACGUAGAGUUAAGGACCAACUAUCUAAGAAGAGAUUUCUGAUAGUUCUAGAUGAUGUUUGGAACGAGAACUAUAAUGAUUGGAUGGUUCUUCGUAGUCCUUUUGAAGUAGGUUCUUGGGAAAGUAAAAUCAUUGUUACAACCCGUAAUCAAGGAGUUGCGUCAAUAAUGGGAACUGUUUCUGUUUACCAUUUGAAAGAAAUGUUGCAUGAUCAUUGUUUGUCUUUGUUCACACAACAUGCUUUGGGGAGUACAAAUUUUGAUAAUUAUCCUAAUCUGAAGGUAAUUGGUGAGGCAAUUGUGAAAAGGUGUAAGGGCUUGCCAUUGGCUGUGAAAACCCUUGCAGGCCUAUUGCGCUGCAAGUUAGAUUAUCAGGAAUGGGAAGAUAUACUGAAUAGCAAGAUAUGGGAUUUGCCAGAAGACAAUAGUGACAUUCUGCCAGCCUUGAGGUUGAGCUACCAUUAUCUUCCUUUUCAUUUGAAACAAUGUUUUGCUUAUUGUUCAAUAUUCCCCAAGGACUAUGAAUUCGACAAGGAUGAAGUAGUUCAGUUAUGGAUUGCUGAAGGUUUUAUCCAUCAACCAAAGGGAAUGAAGCAGGUGGAAGACUUAGGUUCUGAGUAUUUUCGUGAUUUAUUUUCGAGGUCCUUUUUUCAACAAUCAAGUGUUAGAAAAUCAUGUUAUAUAAUGCAUGACCUUAUUAAUGAUUUAGCUCAAUUUGUUGCUGGGGAAGUUUGCUUUAGGUUGGAGGACAAGAUUAAAAGCAAUGGGCAAUGCUAUGUUUCCAAGAGGGCUCGCCACUCCUCAUUCAUUCGUCAGAAGUAUGAUGUCCUGAGGAAAUUUGAAUCCUUCUACAAAACAAAAAGCUUAAGAACAUUCCUAGCAUUACCUGUCUCCGGGCCUGAUCUGGAAGUAGAAUGCUAUUUAACUAAUUCAUUAUUCCAAGACCUGCUGCCAAAACUCAGAUGCUUAAGAGUAUUAUCUUUGAGUGGUUAUUGCAUAAGUGAGUUGCCAGAUUCUAUCGGUGAUCUCAGUCAUUUAAGAUACCUGAAUCUUUCUCGCACUAGAAUUAGAUGCUUACCUGAGUCACUGGGUGCUCUCUGCAAUUUGCAGACAUUAAAAUUGAGUGGGUGUAAGAAACUUGCUAAAUUGCCUCGAGGAAUGGGGAAUCUAAUCAGCCUCCAUUAUCUUGAUAUUGCUGAUACUGAAAAUAUGAGGGAAAUGCCUCUUCAUAUAGGAAAUUUGAUCAAUCUCAAGAAUCUGUCAAAGUUUGUUGUGGGAAAAAGCAAUGGGCAUGGGAUAAGAGAGUUGAAAGGCUUGUCUAAUCUUCGAGGGCAGCUUUCUUUAUUUGAGUUGCAAAAUGUGGCAGAGAUUCAAGAUGUAAGGGUUGCCAAUCUAAAGGGGAAAUGUGGACUUGAUGAGUUAGUCCUGAAAUGGAGAAAUGAUCCUAAGGAUAUUCAGAGCGAAGUAGAUGAAUUUGAUGUUCUCGAUAUGCUAGAACCCCAUCAAAACCUAAAGAAGCUCAGCAUAUUGUUUUAUGAAGGAACAAAGUUUCCAUCUUGGAUUGGGAGUCCUUCAUUUGUUAAUAUGAUGUACAUAAAUAUCUAUGAUUGUUCAAAAGUGAAAUCAUUACCAUCACUUGGGAGAUUACCUUUCCUCAAGGAUUUGCACAUUGAGGGAAUGAGCGGAGUAAGUCUGGUGGGUUCUGAAUUUUAUGGGGUUACUUCUUGCUCUGAUAGGCUCUUUCCAUCCUUAGAGACCCUAACAUUUGGAGAAAUGUUGAAGUGGGAGAAUUGGUCUCAACCUCAGGGGUUUGAAGCUGCAGAAAAGAAAUUCCCUCAACUUUAUGAGCUUGUGUUGCGGAAUUGUCCAGAGUUAGUCGGGGCUGUGCCGAACCUGAUUACUUCCCUUGAAAAGCUUUCCAUUUGUGAGUGUCCACAGCUUGCAGACUCAUUUCUGAGCCUCCCAUCUCUCCGUGAAUUGAAUUUAGAGCAAUGUGAUGAGCGAUUUCUUACAAGUUUCAUGGACCUCACUGCUCUCACUAGGUUGAAAAUUGAGAACAUUUCAAAUCUUUCAAGCUUACCCAAAGGCUUCUCAUGUUUCGUAUCACUUGAAGUUCUUGAAGUUGAAGAUUGUGGUGGACUGACAUCCCUAUGGGAAAAGGGUGCCAGAUUAGGAAACCUUUCUUGUUUGAAGCGUUUGGCAGUCAUGAAGUGUCCUAAACUGUUGUGGCUGAUCGAUGAAGAGGAAAAGCUGCCCUCCAGCCUAGAGUAUCUGGAAAUAGAAGAUUGCACUAACCUGGAGAAGCUUCCAAAUGGGCUACAAAAUCUUAGAUCAUUGAAAGAUUUUAGUGUUAAAUGGUGCCCCAAACUAUUGUCUUUUCCAAAGAGAAGUUUUCCGUCUCUGCUAAAAAAUCUAGUAAUCUUGGGAUGCGAGUCUUUAGAGUCUUUACCUGAGGGACUGGUGCAAAAUGGUAACAGCAGCAUUACUCGAUAUCAUCUUGAAAACUUGGAGAUUCUUGGAUGUCCAUCUCUCAGAUUGUUUCCAACUGGUGAGUUACCAGCUUCUCUUAAGCACCUUGAGAUUUGGGAUUGCAUUAAAUUGAAGUGUAUUCCUGAGAGAUUGCUGCAGAACAAUAGGUCACUUGAAUUCAUUCGUAUUGGAAACUGCAAAAUUCUGAAAGCCUUACCUCAGUGCCUGUGCAGAUUUGAACGACUCACUGAGUUGCAUGUAAAUCAAUGCUCUUCCUUGGAGUAUUUCCCACAAAGUGGGUUGCCUAUCCAUAACCUCAGAACGGUCUUAAUCUCCAACUGCGUGAAUCUCAAGUCCCUACCCAAUAAGAUGCAUGACCUCACAUCUCUGCAAUAUCUGACGAUAUUUGGUUGUCCAGGUGUAAAAUCCUUUCCGGAAGGUGGUUUUCCCCCAAACCUGCUAUCACUUUCUAUAUGGGGUUGCAAGCAACUCAAGCUACCCUUUGCAAUGUGGCACUUGAACAAGCUCAUAUCUCUUAAAGACUUAAAUGUUGGAGAUUUUGAUCCAGAUAUGAUUUCCUUUCCAGAAGACUCUACCAUUCCCCCAAAUCUUGUCCACCUCCGUAUCCAGAGUCUACCUAAUCUGAAAUCUCUAUCCAACGGGCUCCAGGACCUUGUUUUUCUUGAAGCAUUGGAUGUUUGGGAUUGCCCUAAGCUCCAGUACUUGCCAAAGGAUGGCCUGCCUAUCAUACUUGGUGUGCUUCAAAUCAGAAAUUGCCCUUUUCUAGAAAAAGAAUGCAUAGAUGAGAAAGGUGCAUAUUGGCCAAUUAUUUCUCACCUUCCUCGUGUGAGGAUAAAUUAUGAUGACAUCUCGAACUUAAGCAGAUUGAGUUCCUGAAUGGACUGAAAAAGCCAAAUGCUAAUAUCUCUUACUGUUCAACAAGGUUUGAUCAUCUUUGCUCCUAAAGAAAUGGCCGACUAUUGUACUCAGGGGAUCAUUUACUAAGUGGUAUCUUCUAUGUAGUGAGAUUGAGAAGAAAACCAUCAAUUUUAGCUCGUAACUCAGAACAACUUUCCCAGGAUUCUGAAUUUGCAGCUACCUUCUGUUUGUAUGUAAUGAAGAAAGUUUCAGAGUUCAGACAAUUUGCAUUUUCUCUGUUGAGAAAUCCUCUGUCAGUGCCACUUAGGUAUGGCCAUUGGCAUCAUACUUCUUUUUUGGUAUGAGUAAGCUUGCUUUCUGUUGUCAGCACACACUUAAUCACUUGAAGCAAAAUGUAUUUGAAAAGAGAGAGAAAAUUUCUCUCUAAUAUUACAAUGUGUAUAACAUGCCUUUCUUAUUUAGAACUCUCAUGCUCCUUGAGUCCUUGAUUAGCAUAUUAUAUAUUAUAUAUUAUAUAUUUUGCUGCUUUACAAUUUGGAGCGAAGAAGAUAAGAAGCAAAUUAUACUAGUAAUUGUGCAACCAGUGUUGCAGUUAACUCAGAUGAGCAUGCUCUAUGACAUGAUAUCCCUUAGACGAAAGGGUAAAUAAAAAUAUGGGCUCAAGGAGCAUGCUAGUAAAAUGAUUAUUGCAGGAUUUUUUUUCCCCUAAGGUUCACGUUCUGGCAAUAACUAGCUGAGGUAUUUAUUAAAUAGUUUAAAAGAUGUUUUUCAAGCUUCUGAAUAGGUUGUAC